UAGUUCGCUCUCAAAAUUUCGUGCUAAACUUUCGAUAACGAAAAAUCGUUGCUCGGUUAUUUGUAAUACACAUCCCUAGUUGUAUAUAAAUAAUAUCCUUUGAUAAGGUUUUAGUUUUGUUACUGAAUGAAAUCUUCUUAUUUUGGAGAAAUACGUGAAAGCUCAUUAUGAAAGCAAAUACUUUUAACUCGACAGAAGACUCAGCCAAAGUUCCACUAAAUAAAUCUAAUAAAAAGUCCACGAAGUCUCGUAGCAAAUCUUCAAAAUCAGAAGCAACCGGUGCCAGUGGAAGUGUAAAAAGUGCAAAUUGCAUGAAUAAUUAUCAAACAAGCAUAACAGCAGGUAGCAUUGCAACAACGCCUACAACUCCAACAACUAGUAACCCGGGUAAUUUGUUUGAUACAUCUUUGAACACAAUCACAAAUGGUGGCGGUAUUGGUACAGAUGCAAAUAACAGUUCAAAGAGUCAUGCAAAAAGUUACGCUGGAUUAGAAGGACGCUCAGUGAAAAUUAUUUGGGAACAACAUGAUCAGAGUGAUUUGGAAUUAUCGCCAGAAGUGUGUGCUCGUGUCGCUGAAGAUGUCUCAUAUAAAUUGUGGGAACUGGUAAACAAUAUAAAAACGUAUGCUCGGCAUUCUGGUGGUAAUGUAACAUACGAUUUGGUGAAUGAAGUGCUUGCUGACGCGGACGUACCACCGGCACUGGGCGCAAUGGAUAGUGAAUGGGAUCGCAUUGACUAUGAUGGCAGCUACUUUUUCUAUUCAGAUAGAAUUGUGGAGCUUCGUGACGAGUAUCAAAAAGAAGUGAAAAUGGAAAUUUCCGAUGGUCCUGAUUAUGAAUGUACAUGGCCCAUUGAUGAAAAACAAAAUGAAUUGAGCAAAAAAUUUGUAAUUAGCUUAAUGAAAGUGGUUCUGCACGGUAAUGAGGAAGACAUAGAUACUGCACUCUCUGAAGCUGCAUUUUCUCCACUUCUCGGCGCUUGUUAUCGUGUUAUUCUAUCAAAGCUCAUACAAAUAUUAGCAUUUAAGCAGAAUGAUGACAUCAGUUUGCGGUGUUGGCGCUUAUUACGUUCCUGUUCAUGUAAUACACACGCCCGAUUACAAAAUGUUCGAGUGGAAUACUUUCAUUUAUCGGAAAUACUUAUCUCACAACUACUUGCCCCAUACGAAAGUAUUAAAGUACAUUCUGAUUCGAAACCCGAAGAGCAAAGAAAUGUUUGCAUAAAAACAGAAGUAGAAGAGGAGAAAGCGGAUGAAAAAAUAGAAGUGAAAACCGAAUUUGUGGAUCAAUCUGAUAUUUUUAACUCGCAAAAUACGAGUGAAGAGAAAGUAUAUAAAUUGCAAAAUGACGUUGACAAUGAGGGUGAUGUUGAAAUGCGAGCUGAGAUAUCGCCUUAUUUCGCUAGUCCCGUUAAUUGGAACCAUGUGGAUGAAUUGUGUGAUAUAAUUGGACAUUUGGCCACAUCGAAUGGUUUUUUCCAAAAGGAAUGUAUAUUUCAUAUUAUCAGAAGACUGCAAAGAUUUUUCGAUGGACGAUGUGUCUCAACAGAAAGAGAUUUUAAAUACUUAAGUCGUGCUUUGCGUGGCUUGGUUGCUUUGGGCGAAUAUGCCUUUCGUGAGUUCAUACCAUUUAUUUAUAAAUUUAAUGUGGAUGAUGUACCUGAGAGCUUUUGGAAUGACUUUUCGAUUAGCGCUGUCUUUGUAAAUGGCCCUGACGACAUCUUUCUUUAUGAGUGGCUUGAGUUUUUAUGCGGUGCUGAUAAGCUACAACCUUUUUUAGUAUAUUAUGCACAAUAUUUUGAGAAAUUUCUCACGAUGCGCUUUUUGCGGCGAAAAGUCGGUUCGUUUAAGAUAUAUUCCAAACCUGGUGUACGUCGCUUAGAGUGGAAUACCUUAGCUGCUGCUAUGUGUCACGGGGAUGAUCCUAACAAAGCACUGAAACCCAAACCCAAAAUCGAAGAGGUUUUCCCUGAUUUAGUAUCACCAAAUCUUCAAUUGAAUCGUGCUGGAAAUAUACGAUUCAAAUUUGCCGGCUGUCGUCCAGUAAUAAUUAAGUCUAAGGGGGCUACAAAUACCACAAAAACGAGUUCAGAAACUAAUACCUCGAAUAUUUUAAGUGGGCACAAUGAUAUACUCAUAGCGCGGCGUAAACUAUUUAAGCCAUUAACAAAUGAACGUCGUAUUGUACCACUUAGCAGUUAUUAUUAUGUAAGAAUAUAGUUAUUUAUCAAUCCCAGUGAUUUUCGUAAGUAUUAUAAGCAUUAAAAACAGAAGAGCCCACAUAAAAA